GCAACAAGCUGUUCCGAGGCACCCACCAACCAGCGGGCCAAGGUGGAACUCGGCGAUGACGACCUCGAAGUUUAUGAGAAGACCAACCAAAUGGCGCAGCACCUCCAGGCGAGCGACGCCGAGGCGCGCCCAGCAGACGACCCGGGCAAUGCCAUGCUGGAGCUUGAGGAGGAGUCUGGAGUGGCCUCUGAUGAGGAAGUUUAA